AUGCAGUCCUUGGCAGCACUGUGCUUCCUUGUCUUGGCACACCUGCCGCCCCUGAGGGGGGACGUAGUGCAAAGCUUCCAGGACGUCCCGGACUGCCUGGAGUUCUUCUACCAGGGCAAGGUGCCCGAGUGGGGCGCGGCCACGCCUGGAGCCGCCCGCUUGUGUCAGCGUUUCCGCAACAGCUACCACUUCGCCACGCUGUACGACACGCACCACCGCAUCGCCGUCUACUCCGCCUACCUCUUUCAGACCAGCAACGGGGGCGGCCGGGAGAAGCGCUGGUUUGUGGAGCCACAGCUAGUGAACCAGAGCUGGGGUGCGGAGAUGCGGGACGGGUACUGGCUUGGGCAGGACAACCCGGGGGUCUACUUGGGAGAGAGGCAGGCUCUCAACGAGGACUACACCCACUCUGGCUUUGACCGUGGACACCUCAAUCCAAACGGACACCACCCAGUGCCCAGCCGCAAUGCCACGUUCACGCUCACCAACGUGGUGCCCCAAAAUCCAAAACUGAACCAGAACGCCUGGCGCAUUUACGAGUCCGAGCUGACCGACCUCUUCAAUGGCCAGUGCACCCAGGCCUACGUGCUGGUGGGCGCCAUCCCCUCCAGCGACAACUGGAUCAUCAAGAACAACAUCAAACGGGUCAACAUCCCCGACUACCUCUGGAACGCCUACUGCUGCCUGGACAACAACGGGCGGCCCAUCCACAGCGGGGGCGGCGCUGCCCGCAACACUGAGCAGAACCACGUCGACAGGCACACUCUCUCAGGGCUGAGAGAGUUCCUGAGUCAGUACACCAACUCACCAGUGGGGGAGUUGUUCUUCAACAACUGUGGGGCUUAG